AUGCAGUUCUUUGGCGGCUCGUCGCUGACGUCGGUCGCGCCGGAGGUGACCCCAGCCCCGGCGGCGCCCCCCGGCACGGGCACGGGCGCCAGCGCGCAGGUCCUCUACGUCUUCAACCGCAACGGCGUCUGCCUGCUCUACCGCGAGUGGCACCGCCCGCUCCGCACGCUCGACCCCACCCAGGACCACAAGCUCAUGUUCGGACUCCUCUUCUCCCUUCGCUCCUUCACCGCCAAGAUCGACCCAACCACGUACGUCCUGCUUCUCGAUCUUCUAGCACUCCUCGUGUGA